CCACUGUUAUCCAAUUCACUCGUCAGCAAACAGAACGGAAAUGUUGCUUGUAGCCAUCUUGGUUGCCUCCAGCUUUGUGCUGUCGAGCAUACCAGUCAGUAAUGGUUGUACGUGUCUCUUCAGACACCCACAGCAAGUUGUUUGUGAAUCAGACUUUGUUAUCAAAGGUCUUCAAGUUGGCGAAAGGGAGAUUCCGUUAUCUGAUGAUUUUCCUCCUGUUGGUGGAAACAGAGUUUACACAAUAUUGGUCAAAACUGUUUACAAGGGUAGGAAGAUAAAGGCCGGUAAAACGAUUGAGGUGAGCACAGGUUUGAACAGUGCUGCAUGUGGUGUGACAGUAACGUCAGGAGUCUUAUGGUUACUUACGGGGCAAACAAGGAAAGUAAAUAAGAAGACAGUACAUUCUAUUAGUCUUUGUGACUGGAAUGCAGAGUGCCAGACUCUUACAAACCAGCAGUUAGCAUUUCUAGAAAAAGGUCCAGAUUCAUAUUUUGGAAAAAGAAAAAGAAAUUGCAAGAAAUGUAAAAUUGUAACUUGCCCUCAAAAUGACUGCAGCAGUGUGAGGGCGACAACCGGUACAUGCCUAAGGGACUCUAAGCAAUGCUAUGGGAAAACGCUCAGCUGUCAAUACAAGUCGAAACGCUGUCAAUGGAGGAGUCAGACUGAUGCUGAGACCUGCAUCAAUAGUUAGUUUCAGGUCGAACAUUAUCAGAGGACAUGUCAAUUAAUAAAUGUUGAACAGUA